GUAAACCAGUAUCUAGCGUGUCGGUUGAACAGAAGGGGUACACAGGACCAGGUGUAUCAAAGCCGAUUGAAGACUCACGCCCAGGGGCAAAACAGCACAGUAUCCAGCGUGUCGGCCAAAACAGGGGGGUACACAGGACCCGGUGUAUCGAAGUUGCAGAUACCAGCGCAGUUAAAAUUGUGCAGGUGUCAGCAUGAGAUGGAAAUGGGGAGGGGAGGAAACUGUUGGUGACAUUUCCGUUUGUUGCUACAGGUAG